UCCAACGUCACAAAAAUUUCAAAAGGUAGUUUCACACUUUCACACCUCCUCUCCCACUAUCUACAAAAUCAUAACCACUAUAUGAAUAACGUAUAGGAAAUCCCCACCAUAAAGAACAACCAUGAUGAUUAACAAUAUUCCUUCCUCCAUUUUCAUUCUCCUCCUCCUCACCACCCUAGUUGAUACCACUUAUCUCAUUAACCAAACAUGCAAUAAUGCAUCAAUGGAUGACCCAAACAUCGACUAUAACUUCUGUAUUACCGCCUUUCGGUCCGCCCCCUCGAGUCUCGACGCUAAUCUCACUCUAUUAGGCUUAAUCUCCAUCAACCUAGUUAAACAUGAUGUUAAUUCUACCACUUUCUUGAUAAAAACCUUACUAGAAAACACCAAGGUGGAUAAUUGUACCAAGGAAGAGUUGCAAGAUUGUCUACAACUUUACUCGAAUUCGGUUCCUACGAUAAGUGAAGCUGCAAGAGAUUACAGAGCUAAAAGAUUUGAUGUUGCUAAUGUGAAAGUAAGUUCAAUUAUGGAUGCUUCAAAUACUUGUGAAGAUGGUUUUGAAGAUGUUGGUGUUACUUCUCCUUUGACUAAACAAAAUAAUGAUACCUUUCAAUUGUCUGCUAUAGCACUUAGUAUUAUGAAUAUGCUUUCAUAAGUUUUAUGUUUUUACAUAUGUAAAUUUUUCAUGAGUUAAUUUAACUGAUAGUUUUGUUUUUGUUAA